GAAUGUUCUUGUAUCUUAUUUGACCCUUCCUUAAAGCAAAAUAGUUUCCACGUGCACCGCGAACUUGAAGACAAGGGACGAAGCAUGCCGGCCUCUGUGAAUUCUGGCCCCUUGAUGACCCUUCAAGGAAUUCUGAAAGUUCUAGAAAUUGGUUCCAUUUGCGUGGCGUUUUCUUGCCUGGCUGAAUUUGACCAAAAAUAUGCGCUCUUUUGGCAUGAGGAGUAUCGAUCGCGGUUUGACUUCUUCAUGGCGGUGUUUGCUACAGGCUGGAUCGUCGUCUUGUGCGUGUUUCUGACAUUCAUUUUUAUAUCGGAAGGGAAUAUAACAACUGGAAAGAACUGGGAUAUUCUGCUCCUAGUGUUCUACAUUGUGUUUGUGAUGCUGUUUUUAAUCUCCUCCUCUCUCAUUGCGGACAUUUUGAGGGACAUGUACAGUGCCAAUUGGCACAAAAUUCCUCAUCGCAUGAGCUCCACCCACGUUCUGACUGUUUCUGUGUGUUGUGGCUUUGUUUCGGCGGCUCUGUUUCUUAUGGAUUCCGCGAUUCUGUAUACGAAAAUCAACGGCCGGCCUGACGAUGAAACCUUGCCUGACCCUAACCCUAGAUUUUACUUAGAUUAGAUUUAAUUAAACCAGAGCAGUUAGUAGAACGUAUAUGCCAUGUGAUGCUCACAUGCAUCCUUUUUAAAGUGCAUUGGAGGAAAUGCAAUGCCGGGGAAAGGUGUUGGCAGAAGAACUCCAACAAGAAUCUUUUCAACAAUACUCCUGCGCGUCAUGAUCCUGUUUCUACAUCCUUAACCUUAAUGGGCCAUUUCCGAAUCAACUUUUGCCUCUUUUUCAAAACGAGACCUGGUGCUCAACCAUUCGUAUGAAAAAUGAGUUUAAUUUACAUCUGAAUGAGAAUCUUAUAGUUAUAUAAAAACAGAUCAGCACCAGGACUUGCUUUGAAAAAGAGGCUAAGGGAAGUCGGAAAUUAGCUAUUCUUUAUGAUCAGACUCUCAAUAAAAAAAUAUUUUGUGAUCUUUUCUAAAA